AUGCGCACCGCAAUCCUUCCUACCACCGCCGCGCUGGCCCUGGCUGCCAUCGCCGCAGCCAAUGACAGAACCACCACCUCACUCCCCUACUUUCACCUCAACCAGAAUGCCACCAUGUCCUUCGAGCUCAACAUCCCCACCUACACCAGCUCAGCCGCGAGCGUGAUCUCCGCCGACGCAACCGCCACAACGCUAGCCAUCGGCUGUCUCGACUCUGCCCCUUCCAGCUCGUGCCUCAUCGACUCCAAGCACCCAGCAACGAUGAUCCAAGGCCCCUCAACCUGGGCCUUGAAGGGCGAAUACACCGUGCUCGACUGGGUUGCGGCUCCUACCAUUACGGCGACGGUGGAUUAUGGGUGCACGUUCACGAGCUCCUCGCUCAGUGCGUCCUGCUCGUAUAGCCACUCUGCGUACGCGUCCAACGAUGGCGUAGUGUGGACCGAGCACGUGGAUACGACGUUCGCGGUGCCGACUGGGUUGGUUGGGAGCGCGGACUUGCUGGUUACCGGGGGGUUGGAGAACCUGGAUGGUAGUGCUACGUCCACUGAUGGGGCUGACGGCACGGCGACGGAGACUGACAAGCCGGGUGCUGCGGCGGGUGGCGUUGGGCCCAUUGGCGCUUUGGUCACUGCUGCGCCUGCCCUCGCGCUUGGAGUUGCUGCUCUGCUCUGA